AUGUGUAAACAUGGUCGACCGAUUGAACAGAUCAUCAAUAACUCCCAUAGAUGGAUACUACCGAUACUACAUUGGUCAGUACCAUUACUCUAUUCACUUCCACUUUUCAUCCUUAGCGAUGCUGUAUUCAAAUCAGAAGAAAAACUUGAACUGAUAGCAGAUCAAGAAGAUAUAACACUUGGUACAUCGAUGGCAGCGUUUUUCGUGUCGACGACCUUCAUCAUGUGUAGUCUGUGUUAUGGAGCUAUUCUGAGAUUUCUAGUCAAGAAUCGCUACAGUACCAGCACAGCUGUAAAACGAGAAACUCGUCUUCAUGUGCAAAUGUUAGGAUUGUUCAUUGGAUUUAUGUUGUUCUUCAUUUUCAACAUCUUACAGUUCGCCUUCUCACUUUAUUCCAAUGCGUGGGUUCAGCCUUCAGAUCAGAAACUUCAGCUUACUUAUGAGAAAACUCGGCCAAAUGCCUCAACUGUAGGGAAUUCGCUGAAUAUCAUGUUCUGA